GAUUAAGCAAGGUUGCAUGUCAUGCAGGUAGCUUCAUUGGUAGUUUUAUAGGGUUAAAGUGUUAUAUAAAAAGGUUUAAACUUUUGUAACGACUAGUCACAAAUACAUGUGAUAAAUGAUGCGAUUUUGUUUAGACUAAUCAAACAACUUGUACCGACAAGCAGUGGGUUUUGAGGAUUAUUGGUUGGUGUACGUGAUUUAGUCUUCGGUUUGUUAGGUUUAUCGCGGCAUGGCUCCUUACAGGAUCGUGUUUAUCCGCCACGGAGAGAGUGUUUACAAUGAAGAAAAUCGAUUUUGUGGUUGGCACGAUGCAGACCUUUCAGGACAAGGUAUCACUGAAGCUAAGCAAGCUGGCCAACUUCUUCACCAAAAUCAUUUCACCUUUGACAUCGCCUAUACAAGUGUUCUAAAAAGAGCCAUCAAGACUUUAAACCUUGUCCUUGAUGAACUUGAUCUUAACUGGAUACCUGUGAUGAAAACAUGGCGUCUAAAUGAAAGGAUGUACGGUGCUCUUCAAGGUCUAAAUAAGUCUGAAACCGCUGCCAAACAUGGAGAAGAACAAGUUAAAAUAUGGAGACGUGCUUAUGAUAUACCUCCCCCUCCUGUUGAUACUUCAGAUCCUCGCUUCCCCGGUAAUGAGCCAAAGUAUGCCUUACUUGACUCUUCCUGCAUACCACGUACUGAGUGUUUGAAGGACACUGUUCAACGUGUACUGCCAUUUUGGUUUGAUACUAUUUCUGCAAGCAUCAAGAGGCACGAACAGGUUCUGAUUGUCGCCCAUGGAAACAGUUUACGAGCGCUUAUCAAGUACUUGGAUAAUACAUCGGAUUCAGAUAUUGUGGAGCUUAAUAUACCCACUGGUAUUCCACUAGUUUAUGAACUGGAUGCAAACUUGAAGCCAACCAAACACUAUUAUCUUGCCGAUGAAGCGACAGUAGCAGCCGCUAUAUCACGUGUGGCGAACCAGGGAAAAAAGAAAUGAAGCGAAGAAUGAUCCCUAUCGAUAAUUGCUUCAUUAUUCAUUCAUCCACCAGUAUUUAUACAUGUUUUGGAUAAUUUUAGUCAUCUAUAGCUUACAGUAAUGAACAGAUACUCUGAUCGUCCUUACUCAUAAUCGUAUUGUACGAAGUAAAUAUUUUCCUUCAUAGCGUUUGUUUUGCAUGUUAUAGUUAUGAUACGGCCAAUAAAAAUGAUCGAAAAUAUACCAGGAUUUUUUGUAGUUGGGAUUAGGAGACCGCAGGAAAUGUUAUUGGAAUUCGAUGUUAAUCCACAUCACUGAAUGUACGGUAUAUUCUAUUGAGAUGAUGGAAGCGAUGUUUUGUUAAGUAGGAGGAUUUAAAGUGACAUGUUUCUUGAGCUUGAUGGGUUCUUUCUGUCCGAACUAUUUGCCUCAAAGAACAAAACAUUUAUCGUUUCAUCCUGUAAUAAAUCACAAUCACCCAAAAAACUUGUGUGGCAAGCAGUAAUCUUGUUAUUUAUCCUAGUAUUCAAAUCUGAACCAGUUUGUUUCGUGGGUUCUACUAAUAUUUCAUUGCGAACUUUCAUGCACAUUCACCACAACGUUUACUCGAAUAAAUCGGGAAUGAUAUUUCAACAGAAUAAUGUACCUUCGUGGAUCUACAAUUUAAAAUAUUAUUACUAACCAUUCAUAACAUAAAUAGACAGAUAGAGUGGCGAUUGAAAGCCCCCCAAUGCUCCGGUACGGCCGAGAGUGGGGAAAGUCAGCUCUUUCUCUCGAAAUGCUCUCACGUGGCCACGUGCAUACAAGCACUACCAGGGAAGUCCUACUCACUGCCUUCUCGCGGCUGGGGUGUGUUAGCGGGACAUAGACUGGAUUAAAGCAUGCUCAAUGCACGAUUGCUUUGGUGCACGCUGAUUGGCUAAUUCUUAUCCAAACAGCACCAGUCGAUAGUUGGAGAAUACUCAAGAAUCUUCUCAUGUAAAAACUAUAAAUAUGCUGACGUUUCUCCCUAUUGUGCUUCUUACUUCCAUCUAACCUUGUUAUUUGGAAUAAAAUCUCUUUCCUGUUCAACCGUGUUCUGAUUUGGUGUCCAAGAAUACUAAGCAAUAGGAAUAGCUGGGGUCAUAACCGUAAGAAAGAGAUUAUAACAGGGUGUUGUUUAGGAAAUUGAGAGGACGAACAGCGAAUAUCCGGUGCUUUAAACGGGCUGGUGCAUAUGGAGGAUUCACCUAAGAGAGUUAGAAAAUCAUGAUUGUAAACUAUUGGUGCACAUGGGCUCCGGGAUCCUAAGAAAACAAAUGGCGUAUGGACCUAUUGUUGGUCACGAGUCACCAUAAGACUGCAUCUCCUUACGUUGCUCCACUAGCUUGUAGUUUAUAUCUUUAGGUCGAAGGCUCCGGGUGUGGCCCUCUAAGAAAACCACCUACUUCGACUUGGACGCCCUGGUAGUAUCCCAGCCCUCACAAAAACCGAAUGAUUUAUGUGGUGUACAUCCUUGUACCAAUGUUUGUGUGUUAAAUAAAAACUGAAGAGAUAACACAAAGUAUGGAUUGAUCAAAAGCAAUGUAUUUGUAGUAGUCGUCUAUUGUUUAGGACUUCUCGCAAAAUAAUGACAUGAAGAGAAUUCCAAUACAUUUUCAUCACAUCCGAAUUAUCAGUCAGACCUUUAGGUCAAAGGCUCGGGGUGUGGCCCCCUAAGAAAACCACCUGCUCCGGUCUGCGCACCCGGGCAGCAUCACAGCCCACACACAAAUAAUAUGAAAAUUACGAUAUUUACUGAAAACACUAUUCACGCUUCGCUUUACAGUCAAACUGUUCACAUUAUUAUUAUUUACUACGUCAUUUAUUCACUCUCUUUUAUUCCCGCUUUAUGUAUCCUUAUUUUUCGAC